UCAGGGGCUUCCAGUUUGCUGCGAUUUUUUCUUGCCCGGUGCCCCUCUGUUUCACUGUCACCGCACAAGCUGCGCCCACACCUUUCUCCUCUCCCGAUCCAGCGCAAGCAAAUCUCACCGCCGCCUCCUCCUCGUCUCCUCUGCCCGGCCGGUCCCUUCCCCGACGGAUCUUCCACCGGUCGCUCCUCCCGCACGCGUCGCCCAUCCACUGGGAGAGAUCACCGGGGCGAGGAGCCAUGGCGGUGCCCUUCGUCUACCGCAGCUCCUCCAUCGCAACAGUGGAUUUUCUGAUCUGAUACUUACAAGAUUGGGUUAGAAUCUACAUGUCAAGAAAGUAUGGCACCAGGAAGCAAGGCGGAGAGGGAGAGAAAAGCAGCAUUAGAUGCUGGAGCAUGGAUGUUCAAUGUUGUGACAUCUGUUGGUAUCAUCAUGGUCAACAAAGCCUUAAUGGCUACACAUGGUUUUAGUUUUGCUACAACAUUGACUGGACUUCAUUUUGCAACCACAACCUUUAUGACAUUAGUAAUGAAAUGGCUGGGGUAUAUUCAGCCAUCCUAUUUACCAUUACCAGAACUAGUAAAAUUUGUCUUUUUUGCGAACCUAUCAAUUGUUGGGAUGAAUGUCAGUUUGAUGUGGAACUCUGUUGGGUUCUAUCAGAUUGCGAAAUUGUGUAUCAUUCCAGUGUUGUGUUUUCUGGAAAUCCUAUUUGACAAAGUCCGUUACUCAAGAGAUACAAAGCUCAGCAUACUGCUUGUCCUAGUAGGUGUCGCUGUGUGUACUGUUACUGAUGUUAGUGUGAACUCUCAAGGGUUGAUAGCUGCAGCAAUAGCAAUCUGGAGCACAGCACUACAACAGCAUUAUGUUCAUACCCUUCAACGGAAGUACUCGCUUGGCUCAUUCAACCUCUUGGGUCAUACUGCUCCAGCUCAGGCAGCAUCAUUGUUGAUUUUGGGACCUUUUGUGGACUUCUGGCUGACCAACAAAAGAGUUGACACAUUUAACUACACAUCAAUAGUUACAUUCUUCAUCGUGUUGUCGUGCAUUAUUGCUGUCGGGACCAACCUAAGCCAAUUCAUAUGCAUCGGAAGAUUCACAGCCGUUUCAUUCCAAGUUCUAGGCCACAUGAAGACGAUUCUCGUGUUGACCUUGGGCUUUCUCUUCUUUGGAAAAGAAGGCCUCAAUUUCCACGUCGCCCUUGGCAUGGUUCUGGCUGUGAUCGGCAUGAUUUGGUAUGGGAACGCAUCGUCGAAACCAGGGGGCAAAGAGCGCCAGGUUUACUCUGUGCCGAGCGAGAAAACUCAGAAGCAUGGGAUAUUGCCGUCGCAAUCUGAGCUUGAUCAGAAGGUCUGAAAUGAGAACAGCGAAAGCGAGUGCUUAUCGAGCUUCGAUCUAAUUUACUCUUUUUUUUAUACGUUUUCAAGGGAGAAGAUUCUAUAGAAUCGUAGGCCAUACUAGCACAAAGAGAGUACCUGGGCAAACGCCCAUGGCUUUGCUUUUGCAGCAAAUAUGUCAACAGUUCAGCUGGCAGAUACUUGAUUUGUAAUAUUCACUUUGUAACUGCGUGUAUUUGCUCUUGUUCUGGGCGUUCAAUAUACUGGCAGUAUUCCAUGGAGAA